ACUACACCAAUCAAUCAUCAAAGUGAUCGGUCACAUCACAUGGAGCAAGAAACGGUAUCGCUUAAGUGGGAGGGCAAACAAGCCGUCCAAGUCAACGGGGUCACGGUGGAACAAGUCUGGUCAGUCGUUUCUGACUUCUGCAACGUCCAUGAGUGGUUACCAACUAUUGACACAUGUCGCAGAGUUGAAGGAACCGAUGGUCAUACGGGUCUGGUCCGAUACUGCGCCUCCACCAAAACAAAGGACGAGGAGGAAACCAAAUGGGCUAAAGAGCGCUUGGUCGAGAUCGAUCCCAUGGGGCGGUGUUUGAGCUAUGAGGUCCUCGAGAAUAACGUGGGGUUCGGAUCUUACGUGGCGACGGUCAAAGUGGUGCCAGUGGACGGUGGAGAUGAAACGGACGGUGGAAAAGCUUGUUGGAUUGAGUGGUCGUUUGUGUGUGAUCCUGUUGAUGGUUGGAAGAAGGAAGACCUUGAGUCUUACGUGGAGUUUUGUCUUAAACAUAUGGCGAGUAAAAUGGAAAUGAAUCUGUAAAAAAAUUUCUAUGUUUUUCAUGAUAAUAUAUUAGAAAUGUCAUUAUUUUUAACGUGUAAAAUCUUGCUGGUGGUUUUCGUGUUAAGAAGAUGAAAUAAAGAUACAUUUGAUUUGGUGCG